CGACUUGGCCAGCCUGGUAAACUGAAAAGAUUUGCUCAUUCACUCAUUCUUACAACUUUAAAGGUUUAAUAAGGCCAAAGCUAAUCUCAUAGCGCAUUGAAAACAUGUUCACAGUCUGUCGGGCCUCGUACAUUCACUCGCUUGGUGGUUUAUCUCGUUCCAAACGUAACGAUAGCAACCUGUUGAUAUAGCGAGAGGCUUUGUUUACGUUUAGCUCGCGUGGCUAACGCUAGCUGGCAGGUUGACAUGCUGUGAUGUUUAAACGCUAAAACCUUUUGAGUUUGAGUUGAGUUUGAGUCGAGUUGGCAUAGCUCUCAUAAUCCUCUUGGUUCUUACACAUUUACAGCUGUACACAGAGGUUUACAGGCAGGAUGGUGAUGAGCUGGAGAUUUACAUUGACUACUUAUUAGCCUAAUGUUUGAAAACGAGGAUGAUUUUAUGGAAGAUGUGGCCAGUUUGAGGAAUCGGCUUUUAUUCACGGAGCUCAGCCUUCAAAGUGUGGAAGAGCAGCUGAGUCAGUCAGGUGGGCACGAUGACAGUGGUCAGUCUCUGCAGCAGAGCCCCCCCUUCAAGCUGCCUGAUCGCCUCACUUUAGAGGACCUGCGGAGACCCGAUGUCCCCCCGUCCCAGUCAGCCUGCAGUCGCCAGGAAAGGCCUCGCAGUGCAACUGCUGAGAGACGUUCUGUUGCUGCCAGUCUAAACCUGCCCUCCUGCAAGUCUACGGCUGCUUCACGCGGGGCCAGGUCAUUGGAGAUGGAGUCAGCCCCUAUAAGGAAUAAGCUGGGAUGUCUCCGUCAGGAAAACGCCUGUCUGACCAUACAGAACAAUCAGCUCAUCAGUGACCUAGAGGCAGCGCAGUAUGAACUGGUCACCCCCAAGACGCAGGUCCGCCCUCUGGACUCCAGGGUUGGGUUUAAAAACAACAAUGUGGCGGUCCUGAACGAGCAGAUUCUUAGUCUUGAGGCAGAGCUGGAGGCCCAGGCCAGAGAGCUAAGGGCAGCAGAGCUGAGAGCAGAGCGUGGCCAGGAAGCAGCAGCUCAGAGUGACAGUCUGGUGUCUCGGCUGUCAGAGGAGCUGAGCGUGCUCAGAGCAGAGCUGGACAACAAGACAGCAGUAGGCAAACGGGCCGAGCAACAAAGGAAUCAAGCCCUUCACAAUGCAGAGAAACUCAAAGAAGCUUACAAAGAGUACAAAGCUACCAUCUCCAUUAAACUUAAGAAGGUGAUGGAGAGUGAGAGCAAUCUAAAAGAGAGUCUUAUUGAGUGUGACAGAGAAAAAGAGGUGUUGGAGAUGAAGUGCACUGUGUUGGAGAGGGAGAAGGCAGAUCAGAGCCAAACAAUUAGCCAACUGAAGGAGGAGGCGAGGCAGGCAAACUCUUUGGCUGCAGACCGAUCAGACCUCCAGGCUCAGCUCGAGGCGGCUGAACGACGGGCCUCACAUUUGGAGAGGGAGCUAGGCGAGCGGGUUGCAGAGCGCAGGGAGCUGGCCUCUCUGCAAAGGGAGCUGAAUGACCUGCGGGCCCUGACCCAGAGCCAGGAGCAAAGGGUGGCCCAGAGCCACAGAGAGGCUCAGCAGAGCAAGGCAGAGCUGGCCAGCCUGGAGGCCAUACUGGCCCUGCUGCAUCGCCAAGAGGGUCCUGAGGGGCCACUGUGUGUCAGGCCCUGCAUUGUGCCCCCUGUCAGCUGUUCAGGAGCAACACACCGACUGAAGUCACAGCCAGGUGAAAACUACCAGCAGCUGCUGCCGGUGCUCCAGUCGAUGGAGGCUGAGCGGACCAGGCAGAGCGGCCUGGUGCAGCGGCUGCAGGAGCGUCUGAGCAGAGCCCAGGAGGAGAUCUCCUCCCUCCAGAGCUCCAUGGCCCAGAGAGCCUCCCACUAUCAGAGCCUUCACACGGAGCUGCUGGACAAAGUCAGCCAAGCUACUGACACAGAGAAGGAGCUGAAGAGGAAAAGUGCUCGUGUGACUGCGUUGGAGAAACAGUUACAGGAGAAAACCUCAGCCUACAGUCAGGCGGCACUAAAAAACACAGAGCUGGAGCAACAGCUGAUGGAGAAGACCAGCACUCUUCAGCAUUACCAGUCACUGAUGAGCAAGAAGCAAAGAGAGCACCAGCAGUCUUUGGAAAAGUGCAAAAAAUCACAAACUCAACAAAACACCGAGCAGCAGCACAGAAUAGAAGUGUUGCAGCUGUCUGUGGAGCAGUCCCAGUGUCGCGUGCUGGAGCUGCAGCAGGAGCUGAGCUCAGCGCAGAGGGAAGGAGAGGAGGCACUGAACAGAGCUCUUCUUCUGCAAACCUCCCUGGACCAGCUCACACAGGAGAAAGACGCCGAAGAGAGACUCAACGAGGAGAUGCUACAGAGUUUCAAAGAGCAGGCGGCCCAGUCUGCAGCCCAGGUGCAUGAGUUGCAGUCGUCCCUGUCAGCGUGUAGAGAAGAACUGAGCUCCUACCUGCAGCAGAUGGAGGAGAUGAAGGAGAAAUAUGAGAGUGAGCUGCAGAAGACGACCAGCAAGGUGUCCUCUCUGCAGGAGAAGCUCCACAGCGCCAGGCUGGUUUGCCAGAACUCCAGCGAGCAGAACCUGCAGCUCCAGGUUUCUCUCCAGCAGCAGCAGACCAUGCUGACCGAGAGCACGGGCCGCAUCGCCGAGCUGGAGGAGAGCCAGAGUCUUCUGCAGAGACAGGUGUCCGGUCUGGAGCAGCAGCUGGAGCGGGCCCGGGCCUCCCUGCAGGAGGAGGUGAGGAGCAGAAAGAGUGAGGCUGAGGAGAGAGACAGGGACCUGCAGGAGAUGAACCGGCAGAACACACAACUCUCCGAGUCUGUCACACACAUGACGUCAGAGGCAAGCAAGCGCCGUGGCGAGCUGUUGUCCAAGGAUUCAGAGAUGCAGCUUCUGAGGAAGGAAUCCAUCUUCAAGACCUCAGAGAUCAGCCGCUUGGAGGAGAGCCUGCAGCACACCCAGAGCCUGCUCGACAAAAAGAGCGACAUGGUGGUGGAUCUGGAAGAAAAGCUCCAUCGCAGUGAUGCCGACCGGCGCAUCUCUAUUGACCGUGUCCACCUUCUGGAAGGGCAGCUUCACGCUGUGCGCGGAGAGCUGACCGACACGAUGGAGCAGCUACAGGAACUUAAGGAUGUUCUGCAGAGAACCCAGACCAUUGCAGAUGAGCGCAAGGCCUCAGUGGAAAAACUGACUGUCGAACUUAGGGAGAGCAAAAGGGAGUUGGAGGAGAGAAGUCAUGAGGUCCUAGACAUGGACAAUGCGUUGAAGGAAAGACAGGGGGAGCUCCAGCAGAGAGCAAAGCUGCUGGGUCAGCUGGAUGUGGCGAUCAGAGACCACAAGCAGGAGAUGGACAGGAAGGUGGAGUCUCUGCAGCAGAGCCUGGAGGCCAGAGAGAAAGAGCUGAGAGACACACGGAGGGAGCUCAGAGACCGAGACAUGAAGGACUCCCAGGAGCUGCAUGUGUGCCAGGAGAAACUUCAGAGUGUGUUUCAGGAGCUUCAGGAAACCCAGUCUCACUGUAAGGCUCUGGCCCGAGAGCUGGACGCCAUAAAGCUACAGACGAAGGACAAGGAGGCUCAGCUACAUGGUGUGGAGGAGGAGCUGGCUAUGAAGGAGGCGUUCUGGCUUCAGUCUGAGGACAGACUCCAGAGCACCGUCGCCUCCUUACAGAGGGAGCUGGAGCUGGAGAGGGAGCAGCACAGCCAGGAGCUGGCGUCGCUGCAGCAGACCCGAGGCCAGCUGCUCAAAGUCUCUGAGCAGAUCUCCUCCACCAUGCGCUCCUCUCAGGAGCAGCUCACGGCAAAACUCCAGCAGAGCCAAACCCAGCUGGACCAGGCCAGGGCCUCUUGUGACCAGACCAAAGCCCAGGCUUCGCAACUGCAGUCCCAGCUAGACCAAACCAUGGCCCACCUGGACGAAACCAAGACAGAGCUGGACCACACCCGGACCCAAGCCAGUCACCUCCAAACCCAGUUAGACCAGAGCCAGAGCCAGCUCGUCCAGAGCAGGACCCAGCUGGACCAGAGCAGGAUGCUGUACGAAAAGGCCAGGACCCAGAACGGGCAUCUGCAAGACCAGCUGGAGCAGCUCAGGACCCAGUUAAACCAAACCAGAUCCCAGGCUGCCCAGCUCCAGACUCAGCUCCAAGCCUCCGAGAAGGCCGCAGAGACGUCCAACGAGACCCUGCUCAUCAAGGAGUCUGAGGUGACCCGUCUCCAGGCCAGGAUCUCCAGUCUGGAGAGAGCCGCUGACCGUCACCACUCCACCACGCCCACUGGCCAUCUGCCUCCGUACACACACACACUUUCCCUCUCUGCCCCGCACACACACACACACUCCAUUACUCGCUCCCCCAAACACCCUGAACCCACCAUCCACUCUCCCACACACACUCACACAUCUCACCUCCGCUCCCCAACACACUCGCACGCACACUCUUGCUCUUCACCAACAGCUCAGGCACACCACCCUUGCCCACCCCCUCUCCCCGUCUCAGCCCCUCACCUGACGAGCCAGACCCAUGAGUGGCUGCAGACCAGCAGCGCCGACUCUUCCUUGGAUCUGCCCCCGAGCCUGAAGGCCACGCUGAGGGAGGCUCUGAACCAGCAGCCGUGGGAGUCGUCCUCCGUGUCGAUCUCGCCCUUCCCGGACACAGCGGACCACAGCUGGCAGGGCCUGAGCGCCAUGGAGGCCACAGCAGCCACCGACCUCUCCUUCAACCCGCUCACCUACAUGGUGGACAAACCUGAGGGCCAGAGGGGGCAGGGGGACGACUGGGAGGCUGCUUCUGGGCAGGAGGGAGGCGGGGAGCUCACAGGAGAUCCGAGGAGGGAGGCGGUCUACCGGCUGGGGGGAGAGGAGGAGGAGCAGAACGAGCUGGAUGUGCACUCUCUGACAGGGAUGCUGAGGUUUGUAAACCAGACGCUGGCCAUGCAGGAGGACACGUCCUUAUGGAGCUCGGCAGGGCCGUCACAGAGCGGACACGACCUCGCACUGCAGUGUAACCCUAAAAAGACAUGAAGCUGUGAGGCUCCCGCAGGGAUCCACAAAGGAGAGGAGAUCGGAGGUUUCUCAGGCUGUUUACAAUGCCCUCAUCUCUUUGUGACUGUGUGUGUGUGUGUGUGUGUGUGUGUGUGUGUGUGUGUGUGUGUGUGUGUGUGUGUGUGUGUGUGUGUGUGUGUGUGCAUUUUAUGGUCUACAUUUGUUAACAUUCCACAUUAAAUGUUUCCAUUUGGAGUGUGUUGUCUGUCAGGGAAUGGAUUUUUUUUAUCAGCUAAUCACUACUUCAUGAGGCCGCUAGUCUUAACUGAUCUACUGUGACAUUUUUGUGCUGUUUUUAUUUAAAUGUGGCAUUUUAUAUUGUAGCCUAUUCUUCCCAGUAUUCAUAUAUUUUGUACAGAAUUUUAGAUAAACAAAGUGAAUAUUUAAUAGAAUAAAAUAUGUUUUUUAUAUGA